AGAGAGAGAGAGAGAGAGGAAGAAAGAAAAAAGAAAGUAAUACAGAGAGAGAGAGAGAAAGAAAGAGAAAGAGAGAAAGAGAACAGUAAUAUAAGAGAAAUUCUUUAAUUCGUUAUCAAAAUCAUAAGAAAAUAAAUAAUUAUUUGAACUAUUUAUAAAGUUAACCUCUACAUUGAAUAAUGAUUAAAUGAAUCGUUGAAAAAGAAAAAAAGAUACAUAUUCUACCAAUAAUUUUAUCACGAUUGCAUGAAUAUCGAAGCAUUAUUUAACCAAUCAAGAUCAACUAAUUAGUAAUGUAUGAUGUGUGAAUGUAGUGUGUAUAUACAUAUAUAUAUAUAUUGCAACACUAUAAAUCGCUCGUCAUUGAAUGAAGAACGAUCAUUGGUCAAAUUUAAAUUUAUACCCUAUCUAACCAAGGCAAUAACUCCGCGAUUUAUUAAGUGAAAUAUAUUUGUUAUAGAAACCAAUAGGAAAUUUUGUAAUUGUAUUAAUCUAGAUAUAUACGUUCAAUAUUACCAAAUAAAUACAACGAAAUAUUUUUAAGAAGAAUUCGAAUUAUUACCAAGCUAUAUAUUUACUCGAAGUUACUCGUAUUAUCGUGUGGGAUUUGCAAGGCGCUAUUCGUAGCGAAACACGAUACCACUACACAACCAGUAGGACCAAUAGAAGAAGACCGUGAAGAACGUAGAAGUUAAUUCACUUGUUUCGAACGGUAAAGAAGGUAUCUACCUAUAAUAUAUGAAGAAAGCUAUAUCGAUCCAAUGAAAAUGCACGCGAUCCAUCUUAGCAACUUUGAGAGAUACUCGGGAACAAAAUGUCGUCCGUCCGAAUGACCACCAUAAUUAGUCUCACUGAGGAAAAAAGGGUAGGUUGGUACGAAGUGAGGAAGGGGGAAAAGAGAUAGAGAAAGGGAGAGAAAGGGAAGGGGAAAGAGAAUGCAUAUAGAGAAAGAGAAAGAGAGAAAGGUAGAGAAGAAGGGAAAAUGAGAGAGAGAGAGAGAGAGAGACGCAAGACGAGAAGAUUGAGCGGGAAACACGAUUGAAAGGCGUGGAGAAAGGGGGAGGGAGCGAAGCAGAGAGCGUGGGAUUAGACGGAAAUGGUGGAGCGAGAGAGAGAACGGUAAGAGGAUAGAGGGACGAGGAGAAGUAAAAGUUAGGGAAGGGGAGAAGCGAGAUGCCGAAGCCUCCAGGGGGCGGCCAAACGCACGCAACAUGGAUCUCGCCAUAAUGCCAAUAACGGCGCGACGACGAUAAUAAUGAUAAUAACACACAGCAGCACGCGGUUCUCAGUGAGCCAACGAGCCAGAGUUAUAAUAUCCACGAUGCUUUGAAUCGUAAAUCGUUCUGUUUUUAUACACGUUAAAAUCUCUUUAACGAUGAUAAUUACAUUCGUUUAAAAAAGAAAGAAGGACAACAGCGUCCCUUUGGCGGCAGACAUAUUGGAUUAUGGAAAAAAAUAAAUAAAUAAAUAAAGAAAAAAAAACAAAAAAAAAAAAAAUAGCGUGUAUUCGAAGAACGGGCGGGACGCGGCGAAGAGGUUGAGAGUUCUUAACCGGCGCGACGAUCGUUCGUGUAAAGUUGUGUCCGAGUUAGUAAGCGCGACGAAACGAGAGAAAGAAAUAGAAAGAAAGAAAGAAAAAAAAUAAAGAAAGAGAAAGAAAGGAAAGAAGGGUGUUCGAAAACGCAACGAUAAAAGACUCGAGAAGCAGGCAACGAACAUGGGAUUUGUAGGAGAAAUACUCGUCGUUCAGAAAAUGGAAAUGCGAAGAAUAUUACGAAAAUGCAUGUCGGUAGGGACGUUGAACGUUUAUCAAGGAUAUGGGAAUCGAAUUUUACAUUAUUAUUCGACAAAAACGAAGCCAGAAUUAACAUCGAUAAGAUACAAUAUUAAACGUGGUCCAUAUUCCAAGUUAACCGACGAACAUGUUAAUUUUUUCGAAAGAUUGCUCGAUCGAAAUCGUGUAAUCACUGAUCCCGAUGAAUGCGAUGGUUACAAUAUUGAUUUUGCAAAUACCGUCCGAGGCCAAAGUAGACUCGUUCUAAAGCCGAAAAUAACCGAGGAAGUGUCGGCGAUAUUAAGAUAUUGCAAUGAAAAUUGUUUAGCCGUUUGUCCACAAAGUGGUAACACCGGUUUAGUAGGUGGAAGUACACCGGUAUUCGAUGAGGUCGUAUUAUCAAUGAAACUUAUGAAUAAAAUCAUCGAAACGAAUGAAAUAGCAGGUGUGAUUACUUGCGAAGCCGGUUGCGUUUUAGAGGAUUUGGAUAAUCAUUUGUCUACUUUUGGUCUUAUGAUGCCUUUGGAUCUCGGUGCGAAGGGUAGUUGUUUGAUAGGAGGCAACGUAUCAACAAAUGCUGGUGGUCUUAGACUCCUUCGUUAUGGCAAUUUACAUGGAAAUAUUCUCGGAAUAGAAGCAGUAAAGGCUAAUGGCGAUAUCAUAAACAGUUUGAAUGGCCUAAAGAAAAAUAAUACUGGUUUUCAUUUGAAGCACUUAUUUAUAGGUUCGGAAGGAACUUUAGGUAUUGUUACAAAGGUUGCUAUACAAUGCCCACCUCUUCCAAAAGCUAUAAAUGUCGCAUUUCUUGGAUUGAACAGUUUCGACAACGUAUUGAAAAUUUAUCAUCUCGCUAAGAAAGAAUUGGGUGAAAUUUUAUCAUCAUGCGAAAUGAUGGAUAAAUUGUCGAUCGAUGUUUCGACACAACUUUUGGGACUUCAAAAUCCAUUGGCGAUCGAUGGCUGUGAUCAUGAUUUUUAUGUAUUGUUAGAAACUUCCGGUAGCCAUAUGGCUCACGACGAAGAGAAACUCAACGCGUUUGUCGAAAAAGUUCUUAAUGAUAAUAUUGUACAAGAUGGUACUCUUACUUCGGACACGGCGAAAAUGAAGAAUAUAUGGGCUCUAAGAGAAAGAAUUAGCGAAGGUGUUUUACGUGAGGGUUAUGUCUUCAAGUACGACGUUUCUUUACCUCUUCCAUAUUUUUAUAAAGUUGUUGAAGUUUUAAGAGAACGUUUACGUGAUCCACGUAUUAUUAGAAUCAGUGGUUACGGACAUAUAGGUGAUGGUAAUAUUCAUAUACAAGUGUCAAUUCCAACAUACCACGAAGACAUAGCAUCGCAAUUAGAACCAUUUAUUUUUGAAUACAUUUCUAGUCUUUCUGGUAGCGUUAGCGCAGAACAUGGUAUAGGAUUCAAAAAAACUAAAUAUCUUCAUCUUAGUAGAACUCAAUCGGAAAUUGAAUUGAUGAAACAUCUUAAAUUAACCAUGGAUCCUAAAGGAAUACUUAAUCCAUAUAAAGUAUUAUAUCCUAUUAAUACAUCUGAGUGAUUUAUUCAGAAAAAAAAAAAAAGAAAAAGAAAGUAUAAGAAAAUAUGAUCAAACAGAGAAUUUUAUUCUCAAUAGAUUUUUAUCUAAGAUUUUAUAGAUAUAUAUAAUCUUUUAUCUUGUAUAUUUGUGUUAAGAGAUAUUGAUUCAACUACCUCGUAUAUAAUAUCUAUUAGAAAACGUAAAAGAUUUUGCCAUAAUACGAAAUGUGCCAUAUAUUCACGUUUCAUUUUACAAUAUUUUAAUAUCUUAAUGAAAUUGUAUAAACUGUUGUUCGAUAGAUUUAAAGAUUUAUCUCA